AUGGGGUUGUGCGGCGGCGAGGGAUCGGAGGAGCGGGAGCGGGAGUGGGAGGAGGCGGCUGAGGCGGUGGCGUACGACUCCUGCACCUGGCCGCCGCCGGUGGUGGCAGUGUGCGGCCCCGGCAACAGCGGCAAGUCCGCAUUCUCCCGCCUCCUCCUCAACACCCUCAUCGGAAGGUAUAAGAGGGUUGCAUAUCUGGAUACCGAUGUUGGCCAGCCUGAAUUCACACCUCCAGGUUUUGUGUCGCUUCAUGUACUUGAGGAACAGACUAAAGAUCUUACAAUGAUAUAUCUACGGCCGCCAAAGAGGUGCUUCUUUUUUGGUGAUGUCGGUGCACACAGGAACCCAAAACUUCUCUUGAGCUACAUAUUUGGCCUCUAUGAUUAUUUUCUUCAAGAACUCUAUUGCUCUAAUGAGACUGAUAACCCUAAGAAAUCAGCUAUACCACUUGUUAUUAACACUUCAGGAUGGGUGAAAGGUAUUGGACUUCAUGUUCUGUCAGAGAUAUUGAGAUAUGUAUCCCCAACUGAUGUUAUUCGGCUACACAGCACGUCAGAGGGUAAAAAUUUACCAGAUGGUGCAUUUUGGUUGGACGGACACCAGGGCGAUUCGCGAGUUAAUCUAAUUGUAAUCCGUGCAUCACAGAAUUCUCCCCGACAUUUGCUAGUGAAGAAGGAGGCACGGAUGAUUCGUGAUCUCAGGUUGAUUGCUUACUUCAGGCAGUGCUUGCCAAGGGACUUCCCUGUUUUCUCUUGUGAUGAUUUAGUUCACGGAUUUUCUGCUAUAGAUCCCUUCCAGCUUCCUAUUUCGAAAAUACAGGUUAUUGAUCUACAUUGCCAGGUUUCUGGUGGUGCAGUAUAUGACUUCUUGACUGGUACUAUUGUUGGCCUUGGAUCAAGUACAUGUCUCCCUUUGUCAACUGAAUGCUCCUCCCCAUGGUGCAUUGGACUUGGUUUUAUCAAGGCUGUUGAUAUUCCAGGAAACUGCAUUCAUCUGAUCACACCUGCUUCUCAUCACCUUUUAGAAAACAUCGACAUCAUUUUUCGAAGUUGUAUUACAGUUCCUACAUGCCUCCUUCAGGUGUCGGACGAAGUGGAUGAUAUAACUGAGAGGCUGAGAGAUCUCUAGAGCUCUGUAUGAGUCUACAAAUGCAUAUGAUCAUCAGGGAUAGACGACAUGUGUGCUAUCAGAGUGUCAGUUCCCGUUAAAAACCAACCUUGGGAAAAAUAUAAUUGGACCUUUUAAUGAAGUUCAUAUGAACGUAUUUACUAUACGCUCCUUUUAAGGAUGUGAUUCAGUAUCAUGGAAACCAGUAAACAAUGAACCUAUU